CGAGAAACCAAAAGAUGGACCGUCUGGCUGAGACCGCUCGCACGCUCUACGCCCACCUCGAGACGGUGUCGUGGCGCGACGCAGUGCUCGAGGGCCUCUACUCCCGCAUAUUGUACUGGACGCUGGCGGGGUAUGCACUCGCGGCCAUCCCGCUCUUGGUGUGGCAUCUGAACAAGGGCCGGCGCCAGCUCGUGGUGCGCGUCGCCUUCUCGGGCGCGUUCACCUGCGUCGCCUUGGCGCUUGGCGUCUGCAUCUACGACGUCCGCGAGCAGAUCUUCUUUGUGCUGGGGCUCGUGGUCGGCGCUUUCUGCACUCUCCUGCACUGCGAGAUCGCAGAGAUGGUCCUCGAGCACUUGGACGCCAAGACUAAAGCCAAAACCGACUAAGUUGGCUCGAGGUUGUUGUAUAGCUUAGCGGUCCAUGGACGCAAUCGAAAUGCUUGACUGUAUA